AUGAAGAAUGGAUCUCCGACACGCCAGACCCCCAUGGACGAUGCCCCCGCACGCUCGUCGUUAUGGGACCGCUUGGCCAGCCAGUUCCAUAUGAGGCCUCCCGAAGACGAUGAGCCGCAGUCGUGGUGGAUUGCCUCGACGGCCAUCCCGCUGGUGGCGGCUGCGGCAGGCCCGUUGGCCAACGUCAUGUCGAUUGUUGCGCUGGUUAUGCCCUGGCGAAAUCAAAUCCUUUCGAGGAAGGACGGACCUGCUGGGAACUGGAUUCAGGUGGGCUAUGAUGAUCCGCUUUGGGUUACUGCGGUGAAUGCUAUUUCAUUGGUUUGUGGCAUCGUUGGCAAUAUCUUCUUGCUUCUGAACUUCACGCAGGCCGUGCGGUACAUUAUUGCUUUACCGGUGACCAUUAUUCUAUGGUUUUUGGCCACGGGCAUGUUGAGCGGGCUGACUGCGGCCUUGUCCAUAUACAGUCCACCGAUAGGUCCGACAGACAUCUAUUCCCAGGCCUACUGGAGUGCUGUCAUAGCCGCCAUUCUUUACUUUAUUCUGAGUCUCAUCUUGAUGAUCAAUAUGCUGGGCUAUUUCUUGGGACGAUAUCCCCAGCAUUUCUCCCUCACCGAUGAGCAGCGUACGCUUAUCUUGCAAAUGACCGCAUUUGUGGUCUGGCUACUCAUCGGUGCUGCGAUCUUUCAACGGGUACUUGGAAUCUCUUUCGCAGACGGGCUGUACUUCUGCGACGUCACCGUUCUCACACUAGGAUUUGGUGAUGUCACGGCCGAGACCUCUGUUGGAAGAGGUCUCAUCUGGCCGUACGCAGUGCUCGGCAUCAUACAACUGGGUCUGGUGGUUGGAAGCAUCCAUCAGUUCGCCCGGGAGGUCCACUACGAUAAUGUGGUUCGCAAGCAUAUCGAGCAGAAGCGACAAUCCACUUUCGAGCGAUCAAUUCCAUUCAACGAGGUCCAUCGAGAGGACCAGGCCCAAGCAAAGGAACUGCCUCCAGCGGCACUGACCCGCGAGCAGACCAAUAUCUCUUUUCACCGGAAGCAUCACCAUCAACCAAUCCGCAACACGAUUCAAGCGUUGGCGGGCGGAGGCCAUCGACCUAGACUCUUGGUGAUGAGAGAGGAGAAAGACAGAUUCGAUGCUAUGCGAGCGAUUCAGUAUGAUACGAUGCGCUUUCGACGUUGGAAUGACUUGUUCAUUAGUAUCAUUGCAUUCGGUAUCGUAUGGACAUGCGGAGCCGUUGUUUUCUGGAAGUUGGAGGAGAUGACUUAUUUUGAGAGUCUGUAUUUCUGUUUCUGCUCUCUCAUCACCAUCGGCUAUGGCGACUUCACCCCCCAGUCGAACGCAGGUCGACCUUUCUUCGUGAUGUGGUCGCUUAUCGCCAUCCCGACCAUGACGAUGCUCAUUUCUCAAAUGAGCGAUACCAUUGUCGCCGCUAUUAAGAAGUCUACCGAGAAGCUCAGUGACUACACUGUCAUGCCUCGCUCCGGGGCAUACAAGUCUUUCCUUGGCCACUUCCCCUUCAUCAUGAGAUUCUUCCAAAACCGCGAAGAAAAGAAACGGAUCAAGCGCGGUUUUCAAGUAGGGACUGGUGCAGAUGUAACCGGCGAACCCGACGAAGGACCAUCGACAGCACAAACCGACAAGGAUGUAGAACAAUCCGGACCAGCAUGCAGCCCACCACCCACCGACCACCCCCACCGAACACUCGAAGAGCUCGCCCGAGACCGAAAUCCCUCGCCUUACGAGCUCGCCCAACAACUAGCCUUCGCAAUCCGGCGCACAAGCCAUGACGUGCGGGAGGGUAAACGCAAGCGAUACUCGUACGAGGAGUGGGUCGAGUACACCGGUCUCAUCCAAUUCACAAGUCCGCAAUCUCGACCGACUUCAUCAGGGGCGGCCCAGGGACAAGACCGGAGUACCUCCGUGGAUGAGGAUGAAUUCGGCGUGUUGAAUUGGGACUGGAUUGGUGAUAAUAGUCCCAUGUUGGCGCAGCAGACUGAGCCGGAGUGGAUUCUUGAUCGGCUGUGUGAGAGUUUGGUGAGGUAUGUCUCGACGCAGGAACAGGCGAGGGCGGACGCGCAGGAGGAGGCUACUUUGACGAAGGAGAGGGAUCUUGGGAUCGAGGAUUCGUGA